CCAAAGGCAAACGUAAACAUCAUUCUUUUAUUCGUGUAGUUCACCGAUUUAGUAUUGUGAUAUAUUUGUAUCAUCCGUUGCAUAUCAAUGCUAUGUUUGCUUUGAACAUAAAUCACACAUGUUUUGCGGCAAAGAAUAAGGCGGACGUUUGCAAGAGUUGCUUUUACGAUACGCUAUAUUUAAUAUGUACAGUGGACAUCCCCCGUCGGGUCUCACAGAGGCUGAUCUGAAGUCGGAUGGUGAUGAUGAUGUUGAUGAAGAAGCAAUUAUAGCAGACGGAGUAACAAAAACAAACGAGCACGUCUCACGUCAGUUAGUGACAGAGCCACAUUCAACUUGUGCACAGCUCGAAUGUAAUAACACAACAAGUGAUUUGCAAAAUGAUGCAUUUGGGGAUGACCGUCCUCCCGAAGUUUCCCUGGAUAAGUGGCAAAGAUUCAAAGAUCUCCAGAGAGCAAAAAUGAUAAGAGGAACCACAAACAAAACAGCAAAGGAAAAACUGCCAGAAAAAAGGUGGGAGUCCAACACAGAACAGAAAAGAUACAAUGGACAAUCAAGAGAGCCGGAAGAGAAAUGGGAGGAGCACUGGAAGGAGCUCACACAGUAUUUUGGCAUCAGUGAUAGAUUCAAGCCUCCUCCUUGUAGCAGGCCUCCUCUCAUGUCAGGCCUGGAAAAGUGCAUAGAGAGUGCCAUCGCUGAAGGGGACUAUGGGAAGGCGGACGAACUGAGUGACAGACUUGCUACUCGAGAGCUGGCCAUGAAAAUCGCACAAGCCGCCGAUAGCCGUGACUUCGCCUGCACCAAACAGGAAGCAGAGGCUUCCCAGGUAGCCCAAAAGAGGAGGAAACAAAUCGCUUGGGGGUUUGAAGCAAAGAAAAGGUGGGAAACCAAAAGCAAUAUGGGAUUCAUGUGACAUUCAUCGCAGUGGAAAUAUUUAUAAUGGUUUAGAGAGGUAAUCAAUUCUUUCAUUGUCUCUGUUUAAUGUAUUACUUUUGCAUUAAAAUGUCCUGUUUUUUUUGUCUUCAGUUGACAUUAACAUUUCUGUGUUGUGGUCAUUCAUUCAGUUUUGUGUGUUAUUUUUUUAAAUGGCUAAAUAAAUUCCCUUAACACACCAUUAUUGCUAGAUUGGUGUUUACAGUA